GGCUACAGACCCACGUCUCCGCCAAGGGGACUUGGGUGGUGGGCACCGGCAGGCGGUGGGGCUGGGGCGGGGACUUGGGGCUGAGGGGACAUCGUCUCUGCCAGCAGGGUCUGCCAUGUCAGCCAGCGCCUGGGUGGGCAGCUGGAGGCCCCACCGCCCCCGGGGCCCCAUUGCCGCUCUCUACAGCAGCCCUGGGCCCAAGUAUGGGCUUCCCACAAACGUCGGCUACCAUCUGCAUGACCCCUCCCGCGGCCGCGCACCUGCCUACAGCUUCGGGGUGCGUACGGGGGGGCAGCGGGAGGAGCGCUCCCCGGGGCCAGCAUACCUGCUGCCCCCUGGGACCACCGCCAAGGGCAAGGACGGGACCCCCGCCUUCUCCAUCUAUGGCCGCCCCCGUGACCUGCCACCCAUCCGCACCCCUGGGCCAGGCUGCUACUCCCCGGAGAGGGCCAGCAGGGUGGCCUUCCCCUCCGUGCCCGCCUGCUCCCUCCGCUCCCGCACCCAGCAGGGCUCCAAACAGCAGACACCAGGGCCCGCAGCCUACCAGCUGCCCCCCAUGCUGGGGCCCCGUGUGGUGAGCAAGAGCUCGGCCCCCAACUACUCCAUACCGGGACGCAGCAACGUUGGUGCCUUCUACCAGGACCUGUGCAAGACACCGGGGCCCUGCAGCUACCGUGUGGUGGACACCGACGUCUACAAGCGGCGGGCACCACAGUACAGCAUGCUGGCGCGCAAACCCAUCCCUGGUGACACCACCACCAAGCCUGGACCCGGUGCCUACAACCUCCAGCAGCAGGGCCAGCAGCGGGGGCUGACAUUCGGGAUCCGGCACUCGGACUACCUGGCUCCCCUCAUCGUGGAUGUGCUUGACUAGGGGGGGGUGUGGGGCCGCAGUGAGCGAUGGAGACAACCAGUGCCAAGAGAUCGAUGCGUUGCAGCCAGAGGCUCUCCUGCUGUCCUCGUGUCCUGCCGUGUCACCCACCUGGGGCUGGGCAGCAGCACCCAGACACUGCGGCCAUCCCAGGGCGGGUGGGGAGUGCUGG